AGAUUAUUAAUAAUAUUGAAUCAAUAUGUCAACUGCUACUCCAACAAUAUUUCCUGAUGUUAUUUCACAAAUGAAAUCACAAGCAACACACGGUCAUGAUCACAAAGGUUGUGGAGGGAAAUGUUCUGCAGAGAAAGAAAUGGAAGAAAAUUUAAGGAAAAUGUCUGAUAUAUUUCAAGUUACAAAAUCUGGUCUCCUCAUUCCUGUACAAGACAUUGUUGAAAAAGAAGGUGUAGAAGUUUUAUCACAGUUUGAUAAAGAGGGUCAUUCUCCAAUACAUUGGGCUGCACUCGGAGGACAUACUCAUGUUUUGAGAUACUUCAUCGAUAAAAAAGCUCCCAUGGAUAUACACGCGAACAAUCAACUUGGUGCACAACCUAUUCACUGGGCUUGUGUGAAUGGUCAUGUUGCUGUUUUAGAGAUUUUACUUCAGGCUGGUGUAUCCAUUGAUAGUGUUGACAAUAAAGGUUGUACUCCAUUAAUUAUUGCUGCUCAAUAUGGCCGCACCAUGCUUGCUGCAUUUUUGAUGGGAAAAGGAGCCAGGUUACAACUGACUGACAAAGAAGGGGAUAAUGCUUUACAAUGGGCAGCAUUCAAAGGACACUGUGAAUUGACAAGAUUACUGAUUUAUUCUGGAUUGAAUCCACAACAGAAAGAUACAUUCGGACAAACUCCAUUACAUCUCGCAUGCUUGAGUGGGGAUUUAUUGACAGUGCAAUUACUUUGUGAACAGGAUGGGGUUGAAAUGACAUUGGAAGAUCACAAUGGAAAUACGCCUUUGAAAUUAGCGAAAGGAAGAAAUCAUAAAGCAAUUACUGCAUAUCUAGAAGAAGGGAUAAGUGGGAAAAAAAGAUACCUCGGAAAAAUUAAUUUCAAGACAAUUUUAUUCGGUCCUCCUGGAAAAACAAAAUCCACAUUUCAUUUCAUGUUGUUCAUGAUGUGCUGCUAUGGUUAUCCUUGUUACCUCUUUAAAAUUCUUCCUCACACAAUGUUUGAACUGGAAUCUUUACACGUCAUUUUCUUAUUAAAUGCUGUUUUUCUAUGGUAUUGUCUUCUCAAAGUACACAAUCUCGAUCCUGGAUUUUUGCCAAAAAAUACUGAUUCAUAUGAUCAAGCACUAAAAAAGGUUGCUAUAUUUGAUGAAUGGAAGCAAGGUGAAAAUCCACUUAGUAGACUUUGUCAUACAUGUCGUCUUGUUCGUCCACUUCGUGCCAAGCAUUGUCGUAUCACCAACAGAUGCGUAAAACACUUUGAUCAUUACUGUCCAUAUAUUUAUAAUUGUGUUGGAUAUCGAAACAGGCAUUAUUUUCUUCUUUUCUUGAUUGGAAUACUCAUCACAGAGUUGUUGGGAUUGUACAUGAUUUAUUAUUGUUAUUAUUAUAAAUUUGGUUUCGAUUUCAUCUUGAUGUUGGGAGGCUUCAUCAUGUUCUUGUUCACUAUCAUCGCUAUGUUCCUCACAGGUUUCACAGCUUAUCAAGCUUCUGUUAACUUGACAACAAAUGAGAGAUUGAAUCAAGAAAGAUAUGAUUACUUGAAAGAUUGUAACGGACGUUUUAUGAAUCCAUUCGAUCAAGGAAUCAUUGAUAAUUUGAGAGAAUUUUUCCAUAUGAAAUCUCCACUGACUAUACUUGGCAAUAAAAGAUCUGAUCAGGGCAGUAUCGUCUGAGCACAAAGAAACAAAUAUUUCAUAAAUUAAAUUGAAGAUUGACUGUGAUGAUGUUGUUUAUAUCUUAAAUACUGGUAUAUUUUUUAAAUCAAUUUGAAGCAAUUUGAUGGAAGUGAACUAUGGGACACUCUUCUAGUUUAUCAAGCUGUUUAGUAACUCAAGAAAAUAAAAUGCAAAGUUAUCAUUAUUGGUUUUUCGCAUGAAAAUCACUGUAUUUUUCAUAGUUACUCAUAUCAGGCAUAAGGUAAACCGGUAAGAAUAUUUUUAGAUAUUAGGCCAUUUUUAUUUUUGUUAUAUUUAAUCUAGAAUGUUGUGUAAUGAGCAAGAGAUGACCACGGACAGUCACAUAUCAUUAUGGUAUUAUUUUGCUUUUAUGGGCAUAGAUAUUAUAUGUCAGGGAUGGCGAACCUUUUUCAAUAAUUUUAUCGCGGAACAGAAGAGAGUGGGUCACAGAUAUUUAAUUCAAGUUUGUAUCUAUAAGAAAC